AUGGAGACCGAACAUCAGCAACGUGCACUGCCGGAGCGGGAAACUACGAAAGAAGGCAAGACCCGCGGUGCAGAUAUCAACUACGGCAUCGACGACAAUCCACCAUGGUACUUCUGCAUCAUGAUGGCGUUACAGCACUACCUAACGAUGAUUGGAGCGAUCGUCUCGAUUCCGUUCAUCCUAACCCCCGCCCUCUGCAUGCGAGAUGAGGAUCCUGCCCGUGGUACCAUCAUCUCCACCAUGAUCUUCGUCACCGGUUUGAUCACAUACCUGCAAGCAACCUGGGGCUGCCGGUUACCCAUCGUACAGGGCGGUACCAUCUCCUUUCUCGUGCCAACCCUUGCCAUCCUCAAUCUCCCCCAGUGGAAGUGUCCACCGGCUGAAGUGUUGGACGCGAUGCCAGAAUCAGAGCGUACAGAGCUUUGGCAGGUGCGGAUGCGAGAGCUUUCCGGUGCAAUUGCCGUAGCAGCUGUGUCUCAAGUUGUGCUCGGAUUCAGUGGGCUUGUGGGCAAGUUACUGCGCAUCAUCACGCCACUUACGAUCGUACCGACGGUGGCACUGGUGGGCAUAACACUCUUCCAGCACGCUAGCGAAACAGCUUCCAAACAAUGGGGAAUAGCUGUUGGAACCACCGCCAUGUUGACGCUGUUCUCGCAAGUUAUGUCCGAGGUACAGUUUCCCGGUGUCGCCUAUCGGAAGGGCCACGGUUUGCGAGUGAUCUGGUUUCCGUUGUUUAAACUGUUUCCUGUACUGCUCACGAUCGCUAUUAUGUGGACAGUUUGUGGUGUGUUGACUGCCACCGGUGUCUUCCCGGAAGGACAUCCAGCUCGGACCGAUGUACGGUUGCGUGUGCUGCAGGAUGCCGAAUGGUUCCGCAUACCAUACCCGGGCCAGUUCGGGCUGCCAACCGUAUCGUUGGCCGGUGUGUUGGGAAUGUUGGCCGGUGUGAUCGCAUGCACGGUCGAAUCGAUCAGCUACUAUCCGACGAUCUCGCAGAUGUGUGCGGCACCACCACCACCUCUGCACGCGAUCAACCGAGGCAUCGGUAUCGAAGGGCUCGGCACAGUGUUGGCCGGACUGUGGGGAUCCGGCAAUGGAACGAACACGUUCGGGGAGAAUGUCGGUGCAAUUGGCGUCACCAAGGUAGGCAGCCGCCGGGUAAUCCAGUGGGCCGCUUUCAUUAUGAUUCUUCAGGGUGUCCUUAACAAGUUCGGCGCUGCUUUCAUCAUGAUACCGGAUCCAGUUGUCGGAGGUAUCUUCUGCGUAAUGUUCGGCAUGAUAACAGCGUUUGGACUGGCGGCGCUACAGUACGUGGAUCUACGGUCGGCACGCAAUCUGUACAUACUGGGCGUUUCGUUUUUCUUUCCGCUGGUGCUGUGUCUGUGGCUACAGCAACAUCCGGGUGCGAUCGACACUGGCAAUGCAACGGUUGACUCGACACUUUCGGUACUGCUCGGCACGACCAUUCUCGUUGGUGGUGUGCUCGGUUGUGCGUUGGACAAUCUUAUCCCUGGAACACCGGAAGAACGUGGACUUGUCGCUUGGUCGAAGGAAAUGGCACUGGAAACGAAUGGACCGUGCGGCGAUGGAUUGCCAGAGGGUGGGAUAGAGGUGGAACGGAACACGUUCGAUUUCCCUUACGGUAUGCAGUUGAUGCGACGAUGGAAAUGGACCCGACACGUACCGUUCCUUCCAACGUACAAAAUGAAGCUUUGAUGAUCC